AUGCAUCUGAACAUCUCAGAACUCGAGCUGAAAUGGGCAGAUGAUGAAUUAGUGAAGAAACGUCUUGUCGAAAAUGGCUACAGCAACGAUGAAGCGUUGAAAGACAUCUCAAAGUCUGACAGAACAACCCAUGUUUAUGAAGGAGGAUUUAAG